AUGAGUCAAUUUAAUAUUGAUACAUAUAAUAAGUAUAAAAAAUCUAUUGAGGAUAUAAAUAAAAAAUUAAUAAAUUACGAAGACAAAGUUAAUCGUCCACUUCCAACUGAUGCACAAGAAAAAUUACAAAGAAUUAAUGCAUAUAAAACUGAAUUAGCAAAUGCUUAUAACAACUAUAUUACAUAUAUAGGAGCAUAUAUAAACAAAUUUGACUAUAAAACGCAAGCAGAUUUUGGAAGGACGAUUGGAAACAUAAAAUUACGAAUUUUACGAGCAUUAAAAGCAUUGGAUUUGUCAUUGCAAUUACCAAAAAAUUAUGAAUUAAUAGACGUAAAUUUGAUUGACAGUACCGAAAUAGUUUUUAACGAAUCAUUAAAUUCCGAGAUUUUUGUUAGAAGUGCGGAACUUUUAAAUAACGCUACUUUAAUAACAGACGCAGAUGGCGCUGUUGGUGGUAAAACUUUAACUUCUAAUACAGACAAUCAAAACACAGACUUACUGACGAAUACAAACGAUCGAAUAAAUACAAACGAAGAAAUUAAUACAGACGAACAAUUUAAUACAAACGACAUAGCACCUAACGAAGAACAAACACAAAGCACAGUAAACAAAAUGGCCAUGACCAGAAAAGAAUUCCUGCGCUUAGCAGCCUCAAUGCUAAACAAAUACGACGGAAACCCAUUGCAAUUGAACGGAUUCAUUGACUCCGUCGAAUUGUUGAAAGAAAUGGUCGAAGAUGAUGACAAAGAUGUAUUUACAAAACUCGUAAAGUCCAGAUUAGAGGGCAUUGCUCGCGAAGCAAUUAACGACGAACCGGCGAAUGUUGAUGAAAUAAUCAGUGAUUUAAAAUCAAAUAUAAAAAUUGAUUCAUCAAAAGUGAUCGAAGGGCGCAUGUUAGCACUUCGCACAGAUAAAACUAAUUUGGUAAAAUUUUCAGAAAGAGCCGAAGAAUUAGCCGAAGAUUUCAGACGAAGCUUGUUAAUUGAAGGUUUUUCUAAGGCUAAAGCCAAAGAACUUUCAAUCGAAAAAACUGUCGAAUUAUGCCGAAAAAACGCGCGUAACGACACAGUCAAAGCGGUAAUUGCAGCAACUAAAUUCGAAUCACCGAAAGAGGUAAUAUCAAAAAUGAUUGUUGAAAUAAACAAUUUGAAACAAGAUAGACCGAGUACUUCAUACAAUAACCGUAAUAAGAACAACAAAUUUGACAAUCGUAAUAAAAAUAACUAUCACCGAAAUAAUUACAAUAAUAACAACAACAACAAUAACAGAAACAACAACAACGAUCGUGGAAAUCACAACAAUUCCAACAAUAACAACAACAACGGCA